UGUUACAAACCCGGGUCGUUACCAAACCCGUCGGUGAGAAACGGGUUCGAAAACACGUAUUCGGAAGAGAAGAAAAAAAAAUGGCUUUCCCUUUAUAACAUAGCUCGCCUCUUAGAUCCGUUUUGUUCUCAUUCACACUUGAUUGAGCUGUCAAGCAAAAGAGAAACCAUGGCUUCUCGGUGUGAGCUACUCCUGAUCUGCGUCUUGUCUCUCCUCUUCGCUGUCUCUCACUCCAAGACGUUGAAGCGAGACGUGAAGGCUUUGAAUGAAAUAAAAGCAUCUUUGGGAUGGAGAGUGGUGUAUUCAUGGGUUGGUGAUGAUCCUUGUGGAGAUGGAGACCUUCCUCCUUGGUCUGGUGUCACCUGCUCUACUCAAGGUGACUAUAGGGUUGUCACUGAGUUAGAGGUUUAUGCGGUUUCGAUUGUUGGACCCUUCCCCAUUGCAGUAACGAACCUUCUCGAUCUCACUAGACUGGAUCUACAUAACAACAAGCUCACUGGUCCAAUCCCUCCCCAAAUUGGACGCCUGAAACGGCUUAAAGUACUAAACCUGAGGUGGAAUAAACUGCAAGAUGUGAUUCCCCCUGAGAUUGGGGAGCUCAAGAGACUAACGCAUUUGUACUUGAGCUUCAAUAGUUUCAAGGGAGAAAUUCCAAAGGAACUGGCUGCUCUUCCCGAACUUCGGUAUCUGUAUCUUCAAGAAAACCGUCUCAUUGGUAGAAUUCCUGCUGAACUGGGGACGCUUCAAAACCUCCGCCAUCUAGAUGCUGGUAAUAAUCAUUUGGUGGGAACUAUAAGGGAGCUCAUCCGUUUUGAUGGUAGUUUCCCAUCUCUUCGCAACCUGUACUUGAACAAUAACUAUUUGAGUGGAGGAAUCCCUGCGCAGCUAUCGAAUCUUACAAGCUUAGAGAUUGUGUACCUGUCUUGCAACAAAUUUAUUGGAAACAUUCCUUUUGCCAUUGCUCAUAUUCCUAAGCUGACAUUCCUGUAUCUUGAUCACAACCAAUUCACUGGGAGAAUCCCAGACGCAUUCUAUAAGCAUCCAUUCCUCAAAGAGAUGUACAUUGAAGGCAACAUGUUCAAACAAGGCGUGAACCCAAUUGGUACCCACAAAGUUCUUGAAGUUUCUGAUGCUGAUUUUGCUGUGUGAUGACGAGGUAGAAGAAUUCUAGGAGGCUGUAGAGAAAAAUGUCUCAGACCUACCAUAGAAAGAUGGUGCCACUUUAGCUUUCUUCACUAUUUGAUGUUUUGUAUGGUCUUGAUCGUUGCAAAUGAAAGAGAACAUAGACUACAAGUGUUUUUCUUAUUUUAUAUUGUAUAGUUUAGUCACAUUCCACUAAUCUAUAUUUCUCCGUAAUCAAAUGAUAUGAAAGUAGAUUGGAAUAAA